AUGGAGUUUCCUGCCGUGGCACUGUCACUCAUGGUGGCGCUGAGGAUGUCUCCACUGGCGGCUGGGAGCAAACUGCAGCCCCACAUGCCGAACGUGUGUGCGGAGCAGGAGCUGGGGGUCGUGGGGCUGCGGCAGCCGUGCGUGCAGGCGCUGACCCGCGCUGUCAAGGUGUGGAAGCAGGACUGCAGGGGCCACCGCUGGUGUACAGGCUACGAGCGGAGGGUUGUGUAUUACACAGGCUACAGGCAGGUGUACCAGGUGAGGUCCCAGACUACGUACAGGUGCUGCCCAGGAUGGUCCCAGCUCGCAGGGGAUGCUGGCUGCCUGCACAAUGUUGACGAGUGCCAGGUGCACAACGGGGGCUGCCAGCAGCGGUGUGUGAACACCCUGGGCUCCUACUACUGUGAGUGCCAGCCUGGCUUCCGCCUGCACACGGAUGGCAGGACCUGCCUGGCUCUGAACUCGUGUGCCCUGAACAACGGUGGCUGUGAGCACGACUGUGUGCAGGUGACACUGGCCCAGCACCGCUGCCAGUGCUGGCACAACCACCAGCUGCACCAGGAUGGCAAGCGCUGCAUCCUGAGGAACCCGUGUGCUGACAGGAACGGGGGCUGCAUGCACCGCUGCCACAGCCAGCGCGGCCGUGCCCGCUGCGAGUGCCACCCUGGCUACCAGCUGGCCCCUGAUGGCAAGGCCUGCGAAGAUGUGAACGAGUGCCUGACAGGGCUGGCCAUGUGUGCACACCAGUGCCUCAACACCCGGGGCUCCUUCAAGUGCACCUGUAACCCGGGCUACGAGCUGGGGGCGGAUGGCAAGGGAUGCUACCGGAUAGAGAUGGAGAUUGUGAACAGCUGUGAAGCCAACAAUGGGGGCUGUUCCCACAUGUGCCAUCACACCAGCUCUGGCCCAGUCUGCACCUGUAACUUUGGCUUUCGGCUGGAAGAGGACCAGAAGUCGUGCACUGAUAUCAAUGAGUGUGACACCGGUUCUCACUGCUGUCAGCAAGACUGUUACAAUUACCCUGGGGGCUACGAGUGCUCCUGCCACGCCGGGUACAGGCUCAGCACCGAUGGCUGUGGCUGUGAUGAUGUGGAUGAGUGCUCUGCAAACAACGGUGGGUGUGAACACACGUGCCAGAACCAGCCAGGGUCGUUCCAGUGUGGCUGUGACAUUGGGCACAAGCUGGAUGAAGACAGAAGGAGCUGCAUCUCCACAGAGGACACGGUGGAGGCCCUGGAUGGCCGGCGCCCCGUCAUCCGCCCCAUCCCUCACGUGGCCAUCCUGCGAGAUGAAUUCACCCAGCUCUUCAAGGACGACUACGAGGAGGAGGAGGAGGAGAUGGAAGCACGAGGGGAGCACACGCUGUCAGAGAAAUUCGUGUGCCUGGAGCACACCUUUGGCCCUGACUGCAGCCUGACCUGCGAUGACUGCGAGAACGGAGCCACCUGCACGGCCGAGGGCAGCGGCUGCCACUGCCCGGCCGGCUGGACCGGCGUGCUCUGCAACCAGACUUGCCCAAUUGGAACCUUCGGCAGCAACUGCAGCCAGAGCUGCCGGUGCCAGAACGGUGGCACCUGUGACCCGGCCACCGGCGCCUGCCGCUGCCCGCCCGGCGUGGCCGGAGAGCUGUGCCAGGAUGGGUGCCCCAAGGGAUUUUUCGGGAAGCACUGCAGGAAAAAGUGCAACUGUGCCAACCGUGGCCACUGCCAUCGGAUUUACGGAGCGUGUCUAUGCGAUCCCGGCUUGUACGGCCGCUUCUGCCACCUGGCGUGCCCCAAGUGGGUGUUCGGGCCCGGCUGCUCGGAGGAGUGUCAGUGCCUGCAGCACAACUCGCGGGACUGCGAUGCCAGGGAUGGCUCGUGCCGCUGCAAACCUGGCUACUGUGGCCAGCGCUGUGAGGACAGCUGUGACCCCGGGUAUUACGGGGAUGGCUGCAAGAAGAAGUGCAGCUGCUCUCCAGGAGUGCCCUGUGACCCUGUCACUGGGGAGUGUCACAAGGAGUGUCCCCCAGGCUAUCACGGCCAGCACUGUGACCAAGAGUGCCCUGAGGGGACAUUUGGGCCAGGCUGUCAGCAUCCCUGUGCCUGUGGAGAAGCAUCCUGCGACAGGAGCACAGGGCAGUGCCACUGCCCACCUGGCAGGACGGGACAUGACUGUGCCCAAGCUUGCCCUGAGGGUCUCUGGGGACGGGGCUGCCAGGAGAUCUGCCCUGACUGUGCAAACAAUGCCAGCUGUGACCCUGCCACUGGAGCCUGUCUGUGCCCGCCCGGCUACACCGGCCAGCGCUGCCAGGAUGUGUGUCCACCCGGCUGGUUCGGCCCCGAGUGCCAGCUGAGCUGCAGCUGUGGGAACGAGGGACAUUGCCAUCCGGUGACCGGGACGUGCAGCUGCCCGCCCGGCUGGACGGGGCUCCACUGCCAGCGAGCCUGUGACCUGGGGCGCUGGGGCCCUGACUGUGCCCACACCUGCAACUGCAGCAACAGCGACGGCAGCUGCAGCGCCGAGACCGGGCAGUGCCUGUGUGAGGCCGGGUACUCAGGAACCCACUGCGAGCAGAAAUGCCCAGAAGGAUGGUUUGGGCUGAGCUGUCGGCACCAGUGUCAGUGUGACAAUGGAGCCACCUGUGACCACGUCAGCGGGGCCUGUACCUGCAGCCCAGGCUGGCGAGGAACCUUCUGUGAGCACGCCUGCCCUGAUGGAUUUUAUGGACUGGAGUGUCGACAAGCCUGUGACUGCCUGAAUGGUGCCCACUGUGACCCUGUGACGGGACAGUGCCAGUGUCCCCCGGGCUGGACUGGCCCUCGCUGUGCUCAGGCGUGCCAGGAGAACAGGUAUGGCCAGAACUGCAGCCAGACCUGCCACUGCUUCAACAACGCCAGCUGCAGCCACGUCAGCGGCCACUGCCUCUGCUCCGAGGGCUGGACAGGACCCUCGUGCCAGCAAGCCUGCCCAGUGGGUUUUUUCGGGAAGAACUGCCAGCAGCGCUGCCUCUGCCAGAACGGCGGCACCUGUGAUCCAGCCACGGGGGCCUGUGCUUGCCCUGCAGGCUGGACAGGGCUGGCCUGCGAGCUGGCCUGUGCCCAGGGGCAGCAUGGCCUGGACUGCCAGCAGCGCUGUGAGUGCCAGCACGGGGGGCUCUGUGACCACCGGACAGGGCACUGCCUCUGCCAGCCCGGCUGGACCGGCCACAAGUGCCAGAGACCUUGUCCGGAGGGGCUGUUUGGGGCACGCUGUGAGGAGCUCUGUGACUGUGGGGACAAUGUCUCAUGCCACCACAUCACUGGUGUUUGUGACUGCCCCCGUGGCUGGAGGGGCCGGCGCUGUGAGAAAGCCUGUCUGCCAGGUUUCUUUGGGAAGAACUGUGCCAGUCGCUGUGCCUGUCCCCCGGGAGUGCCCUGCCACCAUGUCACCGGCCAGUGCGGCUGCCCGCCAGGAUUGACUGGCUCUGGAUGUGAAAAACCCUGCCUGCCAGGGACCUUUGGGGAGGGCUGUGCUGAGAUCUGCCAGUGCUCCGGAGCCACCCAGGAAUGUCACCCUGUCACUGGGGCGUGUGUCUGCCCCCCCGGCUUCCACGGUCCCUCCUGCCAGCUGGAGUGCUCCCCGGGGUGGUACGGCCGUGACUGCGAGAGACAGUGCCAGUGCAGGAACGGGGGCCGGUGUGACACUGCCACGGGGAUGUGCCACUGCCCAGCGGGAUUCAUCGGUGCUGACUGUGGCAUCGGAUGCCCCGCUGGCCGCUUCGGCCAGGACUGUGCAGGGCUGUGCCCCUGUGGGGCCGGUGUUCCCUGCCACCCUGUCACCGGAGAGUGCGUGUGCCCUCCAGGCAGAGCUGGCCCCGCGUGUGAGCAAGGUUGUGAGAAGCAGCGCUUCGGGCUGGGCUGCCAGCAGCCCUGCUCCUGUCGCAACGGGGGACUCUGCGACACAGCCGAUGGCUCCUGCUCGUGUGCGCCAGGGUGGACGGGGAAAUCCUGCGAAUUGGAAUGUCCUCCGGGAAUGUUCGGUGCCGCCUGCCAGCUGCGCUGCUCCUGCCAGCACAACGCCACCUGCGACCCCGCCACGGGCACCUGCCGCUGUCCCGCCGGCCACUACGGGCCCCUGUGCGAGCACAGCUGUCCCCCGGGUUUCUAUGGAGAGGGCUGCCGGGAGCGCUGUGACUGCGAGCGUGGGGCUGGCUGUGACCCCGCCACCGGGCGCUGCCGGUGUCCCCCCGGGCUGCGGGGCGAGCGCUGUCACACAGGCUGCAAGGAAGGGACGUACGGCGAGGGGUGCCAGCAUCUCUGUGACUGCCCCAGCGAUGUCCCCUGUGACCCGACCACGGGGCGCUGCCUGUGCCCCCCAGGCAAAACCGGCCCCACGUGUGCUGCAGACUGCCGGCCCACCCAGUUCGGCCCCGACUGCCGCCUGGCCUGCCAGUGUGCCCCCAGCAAUUCCUACUGCAAUGCCCGGAACGGGCAGUGCCUCUGCCUGAACGGCCACACCGGACCCACCUGCCGGGAAGCCAUGCAGUCACUGCCACCCACCAGGCCAUCACCAGCCCUGGAGGGGCUCUGGCCAGCAGAGAAGUAG